AGCGCAGCCAAAGGAAUUACUUUGCGUAGCUGACGUCAGAAAAAUACCUCACCACCAGAGAGCGGCCAACUGGCGGUGAGCAGGGAGCUGCUGAAGAGGAUAUGAGGAGGCAAUCGUGGAAGAGGACCAGUCCGACCUUGUCUGGCUCGCAGUCGCGCGCCUAGUUGUGCGUAAACGCUGUUUAAAUAGUUGGCGGCGUUUGAAGCCCCUUCGGGCGCGGACAAUUUUGGCCCUCAUUCAUGUUUUUAUUCGCAGUAUAUCCACGUCUGGGUGAUGUGCACAGGAAUAGAUGAGCACUACUCCAACCUCUUCCGCAUACUGGAUUUCUGCGUAAAGAGAAGGUCGCCGAUGUCCCUACAAGGAUUCGGGAAAUGAAGACUGCUGCUGACAUGGACUGAGUAUUUUUUGACUUUUAAAACGCUUUUUUUGCGCAGUUUUGAUCAAGGGGCUUUCUUGAACUCACGAAGCAUUUGCUCCGUGCGUGGGAUUGGGAUCGCUGCACUGCUUAGCCUGUAUUCAAUUAUAACCGAGUUUUGGAUGAGCCCGUGCCGUGCAUUGUACCGUGCACAAAUUCGAUCACCAUGCAUUUCAUUUAGGACCACCUCUGUCUAAACAAGGUGCCAAAUCAAGCAGGAAUGGCGAACGAGUGUAAUCGCAACAUUGUGGAAAAGUAUAUCUGCCAUAAACUCUCCAAACAGGGCUACGUGUGGGGAUUUGACGAUGUCCGGGAUGAAGAUGCUGCUAAUAAUGGGUCAAUAGUCGCUUCUCCACCGACUUUGGUCCGCCGGUGCCGUGAGGCCAGCACCGGGCCUGACAGCGAGAGCAUCCCCCACCUCUGCAAACGGCUUCCCCAGUCAGACCCGCACGCCGCCAUCCACAGGGUCCUGCGCGAGGCUGGAGACGAACUUGAAAGACUGUAUAAGCCGGACUUCACGGACAUGUCGCGGCAGCUGUAUCUCACCUCCACCACGGCGCAGAGGAGAUUCGCCGAGGUGAUAGACGAACUGUUCCGGGACGGGGUGAACUGGGGCCGGAUUAUCGCCUUCUUCGAGUUCGGGGGCACGGUGUGCGUGGAGUGCGUGUCGAAGGAAGAGAUGACACCGCAGGUGGACAACAUCGCGGAGUGGAUGACGGAGUAUUUAAAUGGACCUCUGAACAGCUGGAUACAAGAUAACGGGGGAUGGGAUGCUUUUGUGGAGCUGUAUGACAGACGGAGGGACUCCAUCUUCGCUUGCUCAUGGCCCUCCAUUAAGACGGUCUUUGGUGUGGCUGCGCUAGGGGCGGCUAGCCUCACCAUCGGAGCAUACCUUGCACAGAAGUGAACGAGCUCUCCUUUUAUUUCUCAUCCUCCACCUCCUUGUCCUCUUCGUGCCUCUUCUUUUUUCUUUUUAAAGAUGCCCCUGACCCCUCAGAGACAACCUUCAGACUCUUCCAAAUCUGACUCUCUUCAAGGCGACUCCCUCUUUCUCGACCCUCCGUGUCAAAACAGAAACAAAUCAAAACAAUUGAAGAAACCAGACGAGCGGCCCACUAGGAGCAAAGGACGUCUUGAAAAGAGGCAGCUUAGAUGUAAUCACACUAAUCUGAGCACAACUGAGGAGAAAGGAGGAUUUUUGUUGUUCUGCCUGCUUCUGUACUAGUUGUAGCAUGAAUGUUGAGUGUUAGUGUAGAUGUUGCAUGUGUCAGAGCUCAUGAGGGACCUCUAUUUGGAGGCCUUGAGGAUGCGGCGUGCAGGGACAAUGAUGCCCCACACCGGAGAGGAAGCGGCCGCAGCCCCACCCCUGCUUGUUAGAGUGAAGAACCCCGUUUGAACCGUGGACUCCUGCAAAACCCCAACACCACCACCACCACCACCACCACCCCGCAGCCGUCCUUCAAAGGGCUUCCUCCACAGAACAGCUGCUCAGAAUGUAUAAUGGAAACAGCUUGCUACAACCAGCGAGUUGUGUCUUCUGCUUUCACUCCUCAGACAGCUCCAGUGAACUCUGAACACACUGCACCAUUAUACUGUCCCUGGCCUUUAACAAGUGAAGAAAGCGCCAGUGGAAGACUGAGGUCUGCUGAUCUCUCUUGCGGAGUUUUUGAGAGCCCCUUGAUUGCAAUUUGGUAUGUUAGUUUUAAUUUUUGCAGCGCACCAACCCCCAAACUGUGUAAUUUAAUCACAGAAAAUGACAAUGGAAUUUUUUCAAGGACUGAAAAACAUGCUGAACAAGUGUGUUGUUGCAUAAAAAUGUCAUAUGUUGGAGGAAUAUACUGAGAAAAAUAAGCACAGCACAAAAGAGUGAGUGAGAAGUAAAAUAAACAUUGCAUUCUGCAUCUUAAGAAGGGAGCAGGCCCCUGCAAGAUAAAUGGACAAGUUUUUUUUAAGGGUGCAUUCUCCAGGCAAAGCAACGUGAAAGAAGACUGCUUCUCUGUUUUAAAAAAAGAAGUACUUCCCUUUAAAGAGCAUCUUCAGAUGAGCACCAAGCAACUCUUAACAGCUAUCAGUCCUUUUCUGUUUUCUACCUCUGUUGCAGCUUUCUUACUCUUAAAUCGGUGUCUUUGUGGUCAGAUUGUCUGGGCCCGUCAACUUGCGUCUUCCAGCUGCUGAGGCCCCACAGUGACUUGCUAGAGCUAGAAUCCACUCUGACAAAAAAACGCUUGUUGACGUGGACUAAGAAAACGUUGCCUGGCCACAGAUGACUAAAUGGAAUACCACAGCAGCAGGGUUUCAGUUGAGGACUAGAGCCAGUGUGUCCCGAGUGCUGGAACCUGAGAUGUCCCUUCUCUCCGGUCUGCAAAUGCAUUCAGCCAUUGAUUUGUUCCUUUCAGCCUGUUUUAUUGAUGUUUGUCUUGUGUUGCAGUCUGAUAGAAAAUUUUGGAAAUGCUCCCAGGCUCCAAAAUAUCUUAUUGUACACAAUACUUAGCAAGUUGAUUAUGGAAAAGUGAUUUUUCUUUAAUUUUCUGUCAUUAAAAAAAAUCUUCAACUUCUUUGUUGCAUGGAUGAAAGAUACUGUCUUCACACAACAGCUAUUCACUGUGUGUUACCAUAUUUAUAAUAUGGAAGAUAGCAAAUAACAUCAAAGGAGUUGCAUUUUCUAUUUAUUGAGAGGUACCAGAUCACAGAUUUUUUUAACAGUACUUUGAUAAUAGGGGAUAAUUUUUUUCUUUUCACCUUUUUUCUAUUCUAUGGAAUCACACUGUAACUACAUUUUUUUUUCCUGGCUGCUAUUAUAACAAGAAAAAUGUUUAAAAAGUGAAUUUCUGUGUUGUAUUAAUAUUGGCUUAAGGCUGCUAUACUGUCGAAUUAACUUUUACUUACAGCUUAAACUGCCACAGAUUUACAGUAUAGUUCUAGAGAGCUGGAAACCAAAGUUAACUUGUAUUAAUCUUUAAUUUAAAAAAAAAAGUAGCUUAAUGAGAAUAUAUGUUGCUUCUCUGAGUCUAUUCAGUGAGGUUUUCUGAUCUCUCUGUGGAGGGCUUGUCUAGUGUUACUGUGCUAUAUCAGCUUAACUUUUGUCAAUUUUGUGCUCCCAUGAUAACUCAGUGCUUAUCUGUAAAAGGUCGACCUGCCAGACUUAAACCUUGUCUUGGUUAUCGCUAUAAACCACCCCAUUCUCACUACAGCUGAUGGAGUGUGUGAUAUUCCUGUCUAUGUAAGAGACAAACAGGCUGCAAUUUAUGAACAGGAAUAGAAACAGUUUAACAGCAAUAUACUGUAAUUUUUGUUUUGUAUUCUCUGUGCAUAUAUGAAUGUAGGCACUAUGGUUGCUGUACUGUUAUAUGUCCCUAAUCACAAACCUGUAGCACUUAAAAAAAGUGACUUGUGUUUCUGUUGUUUACUGCUAUAUCCACAAUAAGCUAGCGGGAUCAUAUUGUUCCUAAUAAACCAGAUUUCUCACGCAGCUGCAGUCUAAGUUCA